GCACUUGGUGGGACUGCUGGCUGCUGCCUUGUUUGCAUUGCUGAGCGCUUGGUGGCUCUGGACUGAGGCUCGACCAGUACCCAGUGAGGACUAUGUUCUGCUGGCAGAGGACGAACGGCUGGCCCGCUUCUCGCGGCAAUGCUCAGCUGAGGUUCUGCUGCCUGAGGACGAACCAAAAGGCUGGUCCAAUUGGUCCAUGCACAGUGCUGUGGUCUUGCUGCUGCAUGGGGAGGUGAGCCCUCUCCAUGGCUGGCCAAAGGAUCCAAGACCCCCACCGAGUUGGGAUUGCCGCCCGGCGGAUCUACCCCGACAUUGGCGAAUCAACAGCCGGGUCCACUUCCAAGUCGUGGCAGAGGACGGAGAGUUGCUGGAGAGGUCCUUCGAUCCUGAACUGGAUGCCAAUGCGAAAGAUUUAGAUGAGCCCUGGGCCCAUCGCAGCUGUGCAGCUGACCAGCUCACCGCGGACGGGUUCAAGCAGGCGGUUCUCAACGGUCGGCGCUUGGCUGGCCGCUAUGGCGAGACGUUGGCCUCGGCCACACUGGAGGCAUACAGCAUGGACACGAAGCCUUGCCUCACAACAGCUGUGGGCAGCUUGCUGCCGUUGUUGCCAGAGAUGGAAGGAACAGUUUCCAUCCGAACCCUGCCCGCCACGGCAGCCAGUGUAGAUGUCGCUUCUCAACUUCGGGCCAGUGACGAUUUGCUGGCAAGGUGGUGUCACCACGGCAGCUUGCCCUGUGACACCCAGAGUUGCACUACGCCAGCCGGUGCUGCGGCUAUGAUGUCGCUGGCAGACAAGCACCUUUGCACCCUAGUAGAUUCCAGAAACGAUGGCUUGGCUCAGUGGCUUCGACUUGCCGCAGGGGCCUCGCGCUUGACCCUGCUGAGCCUAGACGUGUCGCAGCUGGCCGUGCACCUCAUGAGCCUUGGCCUCACUUGCCGUGGUGCUGUGGCCGAGGGCGAGUCCAUGCGGCCGCCCCGUGGCUCGAUGCUGCUGCUGGAGCGAUGGAGGAGGCACUCAGAUGCCCGCUGGCGCGUUCUGUGGAACGGUGUGGAUGUGAGUCAAGAGCUUCCGUGUGGAUCGACUGAAGGGCUUGGCUGCCCAGAAGCGGCGCUACUUCGGAUGCUGGAGGGCGACAGAGAAGUGGAGACACUCUGCGACGAAUUAUUGGAUGCUGCCGAUUUGCCAAAGGACCUGCCCCGCUUCGUGCUGGAUGAUGGCAGCAAUGGGCAGCAUCGAAUCAGUAACUGUAUUUUCCUGGUGCAACCCGUGAGUGCUGGCUACGCCAUGGUGAAAGUUAUACCGAGGAUACGGCUGCGAGUGAAAACACCUGCAAGGGCAACCCCAAGAAGACCUGCCAAGCAAAAACCUCGUUUCAGAAGGGAAGCAACCUUAAACCCACCUCCUGACCUGACUGUGUCAAGAGUGCUCUUACCUCAAGUGCAGCCCUGUGAUAUCAUCCUGGAGCACAAGAAGUUCCACCUCACCAAGGUUGAACUUGACAAGAUCUUUCCGCACGACAUUCGGGCAUGUCCGCUGAAGCUUGGAGCGCACAAAGCAGAGGUUCGACUACCAGGUGCUUCAGCAGCGGUGACAACUGCCCAGGGUUCGGACUUGGCUGUGGUCAACGUUGGCUGCUAUGUUUCCUGUGUGGCCUGGUCUCCUUGUGGUCUGGUUUUGGCAGUGGCAGUGCAUGGCAGGGAGAAACCCGCGAUUGCAGCAGAGGGACCUGUAGAGGGCUUGAGUUCCAUACAGCUGUGGCGGGUGGACCUGGGAAAAAAUCCUGCAGCGCAACUACGUGUUGGACUUGUACAUGAAGGUGCAGGGGCCCGGAGCUUGCAAUGGCUGCCAUCCAAGCGUGGGCAAGAACGAUUAGGACUCCUCCUGGCGGCCUUGGGAAGCGGCGAGAUUUGCAUCUAUUCUUUGCCAAAAAAUGUCUUUGAGGAGAAAACCUUGAGCCGUGCAUUGCUCUUUGCACGUUUCGCACCUGCAUGGAUUGCCAGCUCUGGGCCAUCAGGUGCAGAGCCAAAAGCCGUGUGGGAACGCUAUCUCCAAUGUGCUGCAGCGCGUGCAGACGCCCGGGAUCCCCAUGGUGCCACAGUGGCUGCUGGCUGCGAGAAAGCAGUGGUGCUGGUCUGGAGAUUGAGAGGGAAAGGAACGUUAGCGACAUCACCUUGCGCUGUGUUGAGACCCAACCUUCAAGACGCAGAUACAGUGGUGUCUCUGGCCUGGGCGCCGGCCGAGGAGGAAUUGCUGGUAGCAGGUCUCGCCUCAGGAUUUCUGGUGCUGUGGGAUCUAGCGGUGCCCGUGGUACCUUUGCGUGCGUUUAUGCCUGGCUCCCGCAUGCCAAUGCUGAAUCUCAGUUGGAACGAUGCCUCAACGGUCUGCGUACCAUCUGAGUGUGUCCUCAUUGACAUGCGCGACGAACGAAUGAGCCAAUUUCGACCUCACAGAGGAAGUUCAGGAAAGCAUUUGGUACGAUGCACGGACAUGUGCCACUGCCCUGCUGGUGUGCUGAGCGUUUGGUCUGAUGGGGCAGUGCACUUGAAACCGCGGGAACGUUUGAAUUUCGGCAAAGAAAUGCGCUCAACAAAGUCAGGGAGAGAAGCUCAGAAAGAUGAUUUUUGGCAAUGCUGGGCGUUCUCUGGGAACCCAGACUUGCGCAAUGCCCCUUUUCCUCACAUGGGCUACGAGUGCCCCAAAGAAGAACCCGAGAGAAAGGAAUACAUUGGCAAAAUGUUCUUGGAGUAUGAAUACGAGCUGUUGAAUCACUUGCGGCUGUGGGAGACCUCGUCAAAGCACACCCUGGAACUCAUCACAGCGCCCAAGGAGGAGCAGGCGAUGCCACUGACCUGUGUCGCCCUAGCGAUUCCCAAGUCUGAUGGUUCCUCUAUGUUGGCCACUGGAAGCAGCGGUGGCAUUGUCAGCAUUAUGUUGCGAAAGAAAGCUGCUUGA